AUGAUCCAAAAGCUGAUUGACGCUGGAGACCUCAAGAAAUAUGCUCAGAAGGCAGAGACCGAUGAUAGAACAAAACAAAGCAAGCAAGUCCAAUUACCUGAGGGUAACCGAACGCUCAAUACCAUUUUAUGUUCCGAACCUAACGGUCCCUCACUGACUGCCCAGAUAGGAAAAAGAUUGAGAAAACAAUUUGAGGACUAUUACGAGCUGUACAAAAUCGAUGGAGUUGAAGUUGAUGAACAUGAACAGUGGAAGAACGCAACAAUAACAUUUGAUGUCGAGGAUGUCGAGGAAGGCAUGGAGGACCACAACGAUCCUUUGGUUCUCACAUUACCAGUGGCAGGAUGCAACGUCAAGAAGAUUCUGAUAGACGGAGGUAGUUCAGUCAGUGUUUUGUUCUAUGAUACGUUCAAACGGAUGGAACUGAAUGAUGAGAAACUGACGUCUUAUUGCUAUACCAUCUAUGGAUUUAAUGGCGCAUUAACGAAUCCUUUAGGAGACAUUGUGUUAGAAGUGAAAGCGGGCCCAAUGAAAGUCGAUACCUGA